AUGGGUAAAGGAGACGAAUACCGGCCGCCGGACUCGAUAUCGGGCAAGUGGACCAAUAUCAACAAAAAGUGCACGAAUUUUCAAACCGUGUACCAACGCAAUUUUACCGGAGGGAAAAGUGGAAGCAAGGACGAGGACAUUACGCAAGUGGCAUUGGUCGAGUAUACAAAUGCUAAUGGCCAUUUCCCGUAUCUAAGGUGUUGGCAAAUCCUUCGCAAUAGCCCCAAAUGGGCCAACAUCUCUACUCCUAGCGAUUCGUCGGAAAAUAAAAGGCCAUCAAAGAGGUCCAAAACAAACGAGUCAGGUGAACCCGAAACGCCAACCUCCGACGCUCGAAACACCGACUUGAACGAGGAUAUUCCGGAGGAAGAGCCGGUGGAAGAGCUACCAAGACCCGCCGGUAGAAGAAGCCGGUCGAAAAAGGCCCGAGUCAUCGUCGAUGUCGAUGGGAACCGAAAUAAGUAA